AUGGGCAAGUCCCGCCCGACCUAUUCGCGGUUUCCCGUCGGCGCCGCGAUCAUGACCGAGGACGGCCGCAUCUUUGCCGGCGGCAAUAUCGAGGUGGCGUCCUAUCCGGAAGGCUGGUGCGCCGAAACGACGGCCUUGUCGCAUUAUGUGAUGGGCGAAGGCGGCACGAUCACCGAUAUCUGCGUCAUCGCCGAGCGCUUGCCGCUCUGCACGCCCUGUGGAGGCUGCCGCCAGCGUCUCGCCGAAUUCGCGCCGCCGGACGCAAGGCUGCAUCUGUGCGCCGACGGCAAGAUUGCAAGGACGCUGACCAUGGCCGAGAUCUUUCCGCUCGGCUUUGACGGGGACGGGCUGGCACCGCAGACGGCCUUCAUUCUGGGUUCCGGACUUGGCGGCCUUGUCGCGGCGAUCGAGGAUGCGGUGCACCUGCCUUAUGAGGAACUGGACGGUUUUCCCGCAUCGGGCGUCAGCGGUCAUGCCGGCGAACUGGUUGCCGGCAAACUGUCCGGCAAGCCGGUCAUGAUGCUGUCCGGCCGCGCCCACUACUACGAAAAGGGCGAUGCGGCGGUGAUGCGCCCGGCAAUCGAGAUCCUGCACGGCCUUGGCAUCAGGAACCUUAUCCUGACCAACUCAGCCGGCUCGUUGCGUGAAGACCUGCCGCCCGGUUCGGUGAUGCUGAUCACCGAUCACAUCAACUUCGCCGGCACCAACCCGCUGAUCGGCGAGGAAAACGACCGCCGUUUUGUCGGUAUGACGAGCGCUUAUGAUGCCGGCCUUUGCGACCGGCUGCGCGCCGCGGCCAGUGCCGAGAACAUCGAGCUGGGCGAGGGCGUCUAUAUGUGGUUCUCGGGGCCGAGCUUCGAGACACCGGCCGAAAUCCGCAUGGCACGCACGCUUGGUGCCGACGCGGUCGGCAUGUCGACCGUGCCCGAAGUGAUCUUGGGCCGGUUCGUCGGGCUCAAUUGCGCGGCUUGUUCGGUGAUCACCAAUUUCGGUGCUGGCAUGACCGGCGGCGAACUGUCCCACCAGGAAACCAAGGACAUGGCGCCGGUCGGCGGUGGGCGCCUUCAGAAGAUCUUGAGCCGCUUCGUCGCCGAGGAGAUCAUACGCAUCAAGCGCGACGGCGGCGCGCUUUCGCAGGCCCGGAUCGCUGAGUUCAUCGCCGGCGUCACCGACGGCUCGGUCACCGAUGCGCAGAUUUCCGCGCUCGCUAUGGCGGUCUUCUUCAACGGCAUGGACCGCGACGAAACUGUCGCGUUGACCCUGGCAAUGCGCGACAGCGGUGACGUGCUCGACUGGUCGGACAUCGACCGGCCGGUCUGCGACAAGCAUUCGACCGGAGGCGUCGGCGACAAUGUCUCGCUCAUGCUGGCGCCGAUCGCCGCCGCCUGCGGCCUUGCCGUGCCGAUGAUCUCAGGGCGGGGCCUUGGCCAUACCGGCGGAACGCUCGACAAGAUGGAAUCGAUCCCCGGCUACAAUGUUGCGCCGGACAACACGCUGUUCCGCACCAUAACACGCGACAUCGGUUGUGCGAUCAUCGGCCAGACUGGUGACCUCGCGCCCGCCGACAAGCGCAUCUAUGGCGUGCGCGACGUGACCGCGACGGUCGAGAACCUGUCACUGAUCACCGCCUCGAUCCUGUCCAAGAAGCUGGCCGCCGGCCUCGGCGCGCUGGUGCUCGACGUCAAGUUCGGCAAUGGCGCGUUUAUCGAUGAUAUCGCCGAGACCCGCGCGCUGGCCGAAAGCCUCGUGCAGGUCGCCAACGGCGCCGGCACAAGGACGGCGGCCAUCCUGACCGAUAUGAACGAGCCGCUCGCGUCUGCCGCCGGCAAUGCGGUGGAGGUGGCGAACGCGGUGCGUUUCCUGACCGGCGAUGAUCGCGAUCCGCGCCUUGAAACGGUCGUCCUGACGCUGGUCGGCGAAAUGCUCCUCCAGUCAGAACUUGAAACCGAUCGCGACGCCGCCAUCGCAACGGCCCGGGCCGCGCUGGAUGAUGGCCGUGCAACCGAACUCUUCGGCAGGAUGGUGCAUGGCCUGGGCGGCCCGGCUGGCUUCGUCGACAGCUUUCGCGACCAUCUGCCCGUCGCGCCUCUGAUCGAGGACGUGCCGGCGCCUUCCGGCGGUUUCGUUUCGGGCGUCCAGACACGGGCGCUCGGCGUUGCUGUCGUCGAGAUGGGCGGCGGUCGACGCCGCCGCGAGGACGAGAUCGACCAUGCGGUCGGGCUCGACCGGAUCGUGCCGGUUGGCACAUCGAUACAGAAGGGCGAUCCGCCGUCCUGA